CCCUCCGCCACUGAAAAGGCAGACGGUGCAGAACGAUAACGGAGACCGAAAUCCGGAAUCUCCUCCGAUGCAUGAAGAAUAAUGCAGGCGCACCAUUUCGUGGGACCCGUCCCGAUCCUCCCGUCGCGGUCCCACGCCGCCCAGAGCUCUACCAUAACCCACCACCUUCACCGCCGCCGGUGGCGGCCGAUAUCGUCCUCGUCCUCGUCCUCGUCGCCGUCGUCGUGGCCGGCGAUCGACGGCGGCGGCGAGCAGAACCACUACGACGUGCUGGGCCUCACCCCCCACGCGACCUCCGGCGACAUCAAGAGGGCUUAUCGCCUUCUAGCUCGCAAGUAUCAUCCUGAUGUUAGCAAAGAUCUGCAAGCUGGCGAGGUUUUCAAGACCAUCCGCCGUGCAUAUGAAGUAUUAUCGAAUGAAGCCGCAAGAACUCAUUAUGACAAGGCACUCAAAUUCCAGGAAGACACUGGCAGACAAUACAAAGGUAAAUGGUAUUAUAACCCUGAAUAUGAAGAUGGGGUUCGGAUCUACAGGUGGGCUGAACUGAGGCGGAAGAUGCAACAUGAAAUGUACAGAGAAAGAUAUAAAGCCGACAAAGACGAAUCUUCUUUUUACGGUGAAACAGAAGAAGUCAGAAGGGAGCACUUUGGCCAAGAGAGGGGUGCCUUCACGGAAGUACUUAGAUCUGCCUUCCUGCUAUUAUUUUUCAUGCGGACACUUGGCUGUCGGAUAUCCCUUACCUUUAGCAGCUUUACGGCAUUACUUGACAGGAAACUAGAUGCAGGGUACAAGAUUGGUUAUGUAAUUGCCUGGAUUUUGGGUGGGAGAGGCGGCAUUUUACUGACUUUAUGCCUCUCUUUUGCUAGUUGGGUUUGUGGGAAAAGCAGCAGUAAUGUAGUUGUUCUUGUGGUGGUUGCUAUGUGGGUUGGCUCCAAUCUUGCGAGGUAUGCACCACUUCCUCAAGGCGCUCUUCUAACGCUGCUGUACAUGUCUAUUAAGCUACAAGUUGAUCUGAAUUAGACUUGUUGCUUGUUGUCUCUAAUUAAUAUUACUACCGUGCUGUACAGAUGUAUUUUUUUAGAGGGUUUAUGUUCAGACAAUACUUUGUGCUGCUAAGCCUGUACCAGAGACUGGUUGAAAUCAUCCCAAAGCUGCAAUUUCAACCCAUGUUUCUGAAUUAUGAAAUCCAGCUCCAUUGUCAAUA